AAGUCCACACCCCUGUGCAACUACUCUUACGCACAUGCUAGUAGCAUUUACCUUCAGCACCUUAGAUGAGAACUAUAGUGUUCCUGGGGUUAUCUAUGCGGGAGAUUUUGCUGCAUUCUGGCUUUGAUGAGCCAUCAUGAAAAGGUGACUUUCUGGCUACAAAAUGCUUUGUAUUUUGGGAUGGAAAUUAUCUUAGACUGUACCACUAUUUGGAAGAUUAAUAAGGAGUGGCUGUUUGGGUAUUUCUCAACACUUGGAGUGUCAGAGUUGAUCAUUUCUCACUUCCAGCAACAAUGGACCUAACUUUGUGGCAGUACCAGUUCAGGUUCAUAAUGCUGGGGGACUCCACUGUGGGUAAAUCAUCCCUCCUGAAGCGAUACACCGAGGAUUUGUUCCUGGAGUCAAUCAACCAAACUGUGGGUGUAGAUUUUUACGUUCACUUCCUGGAGGUGGAGCCGGGGGUCCGGGUCAAGCUGCAGUUCUGGGACACCGCUGGGCAGGAGAGGUUCAGAUCAGUGACCCGUUCUUAUUAUCGGAACUCUGCCGGAGGCCUGCUGGUGUUUGACAUCACCAGUCGGUCAUCCUUUGACCAUAUAAAGGAGUGGCACGCUGAGGUGUGCGAGCGAGUGCAACCACAGAAGGUUCUGUUUGUCCUGGUAGGUCAGAAGAUUGACCAGGACACUCACGAGGACAGAGCAGUGAGCCGGGAAGAGGCCCAGAAACUGGCCGGACAGCUGGGGAUGCCCUACGUCGAGGCUUCAGCAAAGACAGGACAAAAUGUGAGAGAGUCAUUCGAGCUCCUCACUCGACGGGUCUACCAGGGUCUGUUGAGCGGGGAAAUAGAACUGCAGGAGGGCUGGGAUGGUGUCAAGUGUGUUGCCCCACAGACACUACAGUUACAAAGAAACAGUGUGUCUAAAGCCAGCUCACCAACCAAGAACAAAAACAAGUGCUGUGGAUAAAUACUGUACUGACAUAAAACUCAUGCUCUGGUAGGAGAGAAACCGCCUGCUGGCAAGUUGGAUUUAUAGUGGCGAUGUAAUGUAUGACCACCCUAAAAGACACUCAAAAUAUAUAUUUUUCAUUUCUAUUGUGUGGAGUUGUGUAUAAUUUUGUAAAAUAAUGACUCAAUAUUGAAUCUAAACACAGUGAAAGGUACAAUGAUUGUUUUAGAAUGUAUUACUUUAGCUGACAUCACCAGCAGUCUGACAUUUACAAUGAAUUGCAAACAUUUGCAUACCCCUUGGACUUUUUAAUAUUUUGUCAUAGUACCAUUACAUAAAAUUUAUUUCAUAUCUGUGAACAGCAAAUUUUCUCUCAAAUUCUCAGAUUGAUGCCGCUCUGGAUGUGUUUGUGCCAUUAUUGCUCAUCUUUAUCCCACUCUCAUUUUUUGCAGAUUUUUCUUUCAGGAUUGUUCUUGUUUAGCUCCAUCAACUCUAGACGGUUUCCCUGUAAGCCACUAAAGAAGAGCAUCCAUAGUAUGAUGUUAAAACUAUUUUAGGUGUCACCGUGGAGAUGGUGUGCAGUGUUUUUCAACAUGCAAAGCAUUUAGCUUGUAAGUGAUAAAGCUCCGUUUUGAUCUCAUUUGACCAGAGCAGCUUUGUGUCUGUGCCAUCUAUAUUUCUAGAGCUGAAUUGCUAAGGUUUCUUAUGCCAUUUUCUUCUGGGCACUUUUAAAUGAAGGCCAGAUCGGUGAAGAGCAUGAAUUGAAAGAUUCCCACAACUGUUACUAUGAGCUUCCUGCCUGGUUCUUUCAUUAAUGCUCUCAUUGUCUGACUUGUCAUGUUUUGGUAGGUGCAGUGGUGUCUAACUGAUGUUGAAUUAAACAGUGUUCCUUUGUCUCCACGAUGCUGUUUGUUCACUAAUAUUCUCUACCAAACAUCUAUGUCAAUUACAAGACAGCUAGUUUUAUACUGACAUUUAAUAACAUACACUAGUUACCCUAUUUAUUAAUAAUUUUAAAACUGACGUCCUCUGCUUUCUCCUGCUUUUAUUUAGGGGUAUCAGAUUGGGGGUGAAUGCAGUCCACAUCACACUUUUAAGAUUUAUGUUUGCAAAAACAGAUGUCACUGUCCAUCCAUUUGUAACUAAAGAAGUAAAAAAGUUUGCAGGGUCUGAAUACUUCUGUACUUGAAUUAAUAUCCUCUCAAGUAUAAGGUUAGCAGUUUCACUUUUUUGUCAGUCUUUACAGAAAUUAUGUUACAUAGGACAUCAUUGUCGAGCAUGUUGUAUUUUAGUAUUAAACCUAUCUUAAGGUUUGCUCUUGCAAAUGAUGCAAUUUCUUAUGAGUUUUGUACUUUGAGACAGUUUUUUCUUCCUUUAUUAACAUAUGCUUGGCGCACAGCCUAUGCUAUUAAUGGACUGAUGAUGUCAUUAGUUAACCUCAGUUCAGUAGCAAAAGGGUAUAAAGGUUAAUGUCUUGCAGUUUGCUUUUUGCAUAAGUAAUCUAAAAGAUGUUAAAAAUCGGACUCUUUCGUGGCCACAUUCAAUCUAAAACGUGGGCAUUUUCUCUAUUGACUUUUUUGUCAUCUGGACUUGUAGAUGACACUGGAUAAGUGGUUUCUCACUCUGAGAGCACCCACAAGAAAUAUCUCAGAGGUCAGAAAGUGUGGUUUUAGUGUUUUAAGGGGAAACUAUCACUUGUAAAAAAAUAGCCAAUAAAUGAUUCUUUGAUGCGCAAACACACUGAUGGUGUGACUAACAAUAAGGGGGCUGAAAAAUUGCGGAAGCCGCUGCACUACACACAUUCUUUUUCUUAGAGAGCUAUUUAAGUAUUUCCUGUUACUUGUUUGCUGUAAGGAGUGGUAAAGGUACCAAAUGUCUUUAUUUAGAUUAAAAACACCAACUUUUAUGAUCUCAUCUUAAGCCUAAGUCGGUGAAACAAAAUUGACUGAUUUCCAGGUGCUGUUGUUAAAAUUAAAUAAAAUCUCUUGGGUGCCUCUGGA